UUAACUACUGCGUAUGCGUCGGACGUUCGGUUGCCCAAUGAAAUGGACAGUUGGUAUAUAAUGUGAGGGAACCCUAAAGACGACACAGUCCAUCGAAUUCUUUCUUGUAUUCACUCGUGAGCAGUCACCAAACCAAGCAAAAUGAUCGCCAAAUUUGUCGCUUUCUUCGCCCUCACCAUUGCCGCCACCAACGCCGGUGUGCUGCCACUCGCUGCUGCCCCUGCUGCCCUGGUAGCACCAGCGGUCGCGCCAGCAGCGUACGCCGUCGCUCCCUACGCCAGCUCUUACUCAGCUCAUGCUGUUAACCACGCUGUUGCCGCCCCAGUCGUUACCGCUGCCGCUCCUUACGUUGCCGCCCCAGCAGCACCUUACAUUGCCGCCCCAGCAGCACCUUACGUUGCCGCCGCAGCAGCUCCGUACGUCGCCGCCCCUGCUCCUUACUUCGCUAGAUACGCCACUGCUCCUUACUUCCUAUAAACAAAUUUUGGUGUGAUCAUUACUAGUGACUUGCUCAAAAAUGCUGUGUUAUACUUUAGUAUAUGUGUAUAUAUUUUUAUAAUUGUAGAAACAACAAAAUAAUGAAAGAAUACAAGUAUAAAGACUUAAUAAA